GUGAGACAGUGACUCCGUAAUUCGGUAGCAUUAUAAUGUCUGAAGGUGUCAGUGUUGAUAUCCUUACGGACGCGUUCAUGAUCAUUAUAUUUGCCGUCAUACUCAAUCGUAUAAUACUGACAUUAAUAAAAUGGAAAUGAAAAAAAGAAUUAGUUUUCAGAAUGAUAGUUCCUCUCGCAUUUGUUUUGUCGCCAAUCCUGUCAUAAAAAUUUGUGUGUAAAUCAAACGUUGAGUAAAUGGAACUUAAUAUAUAAAAUAUUUCAGUAACCGCCGCGCAAAAUGCCACUAGAGGAUGUUUUUAACACAUAUUUCGAUAGGGCAGUGCAAACGGCAUUCAAAUCCCUCUUAAUGAUAUUUUGCCCAAAGAUUUCCGAGUGUAUUCAGUCUUUGAAAUCGGUAAACGAAAAAUCUUUCGAGUUAAAUAAACCUUUGAUCUUAAACCAAGUAUUAUUAGAUUACAACUACUUUAUGUGAACGCGUACUAUUGAAAUUUUGCGGGCUGUUCUUAAGUUCUGUCAAUAAGGAUGGCUGUUGAAAAGUUGUAUGAAAGUGAUAAUUAUUUGAUCGUAAACAAGCCUUACGACAUGUAUAUUAACUCGGACGAUGAACACGAAAAGAACACAGUGACGUAUCACAUUGCGUCUCCGGACUCUCAUCUCUCGUCGUCAUUGUUCCCGCUUCACUUUGUACAACGGCUGGACUACGCGACGAGCGGUGUGCUAUGUAUUGCCAAGAACAAGUCGUCCGCUGCGCAGGCGGGCAAGCUGUUCGAACAGAGGAUGACGAAGAAGUAUUACCUCGCUGUUGUAAGGGGCCGCGUGGCGUUCGAAGUUGCAGAUAUUGAAUUUAAUGUCGGAGUGGACCCGUCCACAGCGGACUCGAGUCACCGCAUGUCUGCGCUGACGACGAGUGAAGCGUCGUUGAGAUGUCUUCAGUCGCGACACGCACACACGCGUGCGCUGCGGCUAGAAACAGGCUACUAUGACAAUAGCCCUGUCACUGUUUUGCUGCUGAAACCUAUAACAGGUCGCCGCCACCAGCUGCGCGUGCAUUGCAGCGCAGUCGGACACACGAUACUGGGCGACUACACGUACAGUGGCACUAAGGACAGUAUGCCGCACCGCAUGUACCUACAUGCCACUAGGUUAAUAUUACCUCUUCCUGACGAAGAUUUGGACAUUCAGACACCAGAACCUUUCUUCAUAGACCCGAGAUUUAGUUCUAAAUGGAAAUCGGAGACGGCGUAUUACAAGUACCGCAGCAAAGAAGAUUUUCAGACCGUCUGCGAUAUUUUGGACAAAUCCUACGUGAUAGGCGUGCAGUAUAAAAUAUUUAAGAUGUGAUCCGUAUACAAUUUUAUAAUUUAUUUUUUAAUAAUUUAUAAAAAACGAAAAAUUAUUGAA